GUACACAAUGGUUUCUUUGGGACUUGAAAUUACCGGCGUCACUCUUUCAGUGCUCGGAUGGGUCCUGAGUGUGCUCAGCUGCGCCCUGCCGAUGUGGAGGGUCUCUGCCUUCAUUGGCGCUAACAUCGUCACAGCUCAGGUGUACUGGGAGGGCCUGUGGAUGAGCUGCGUGUUCCAGAGCACGGGGGAGAUGCAGUGUAAGGUCUACAACUCCAUGCUGGCCUUACCACAGGACCUGCAGGCCGCCAGGGCACUCACUGUCGUCUCCCUCAUCGUGGGACUGGUGGCUCUCUUCAUUUCUUUGUUGGGAGCAAAGUGCACCACCUGCAUCGUGGAAGAGGUAGCUAAAGCCAGGGUGAUGGCUGCCUCCGGCGGGGCGUUCAUCACAGCAGGCCUGACCCAGCUGGUGCCCGUCUCCUGGUCAGCACACACCAUCGUAGUUGAGUUCUACAGUCCCAUUGUCCUCACUGGCCAGAAGAUGGAGAUCGGGGCGGCCAUGUCGAUGGGCAUGGAGAUUGUGGGCAUUGCCCUCGGAGUCAUUGGAUUUAUCAUUGCAAUAGUGACAUGUGCCCUGCCAAUGUGGAAGGUGACGGCCUUCAUCGGAGCCAACAUCAUCACCGCUCAGACCAUCUGGGAGGGUUUAUGGAUGAACUGUGUCAUCCAGAGUACGGGCCAGAUGCAGUGCAAGGUCUACGACUCUUUGCUGGCCUUGCCUCAGGAGCUGCAGGCCUCCAGAGCGAUGAUGAUCAUCGCCAUCAUCCUCGGCGUGCUGGGGGUUAUGAUCUCCAUUGUCGGCGCCAAGUGCACCAACUGCAUCGAAGAUGAGCCGUCCAAAGCCAAAGUGAUGAUCAUCUCUGGAAUCUUCUUCAUCCUCGGCGGCCUUCUGGUGCUCAUCCCUGUCUCCUGGACCGCCAGCGUCAUCAUCCGUGAUUUCUACAACCCCAUCCUGACCAACGCGCAGAGGAGGGAGCUGGGAGCCUCGCUCUACAUCGGCUGGGGAGCCGCGGCCCUGCUCCUGAUCGGUGGGGCGAUGCUGUGCAGCAGCUGCCCACCAAAAGAGAAGAAGUACAAGCCGCCCCGGAUGGCCUACUCUGCCCCACGCAGCACCAGCGGAGGUGGAGGAUACGACAGGAAAGACUAUGUAUGAACGGCCCUGAUGUGUCUGACAAAUUGAUUUGGAAAGUAGGAUAAAAUGUGUUCUUUAUUAAUUGCACAAUAGUGUUUUUGUCGUUUUUUACUGUCUGAAACCACAGGGUGAAUCCCCCAAAGAGACUCCGACAUGAAGGGAUGCAUGUACAAAUACUGAUCUUUCUGCUUUGCUUUGCCUAAGAUGUUCAUUUACAUACAUUUGAUUAUGUUUCCUCAGCUAUAAUCAGUCUUGUUGCAGAGGCUCUCAUUUUCAGAAUAUGAUCAUGAGAGCCUAUUUUCCAGCAAAACAUAACUUUAUUCUACCUUCUGAGUACAUAUUGUACUUACACUAAAACCUUUCAGCGGCAUUAUUUUAAAACACCUGCUUUUUGUGUGCGUCGCUCUGUCAUUAGCUGUUGGCUAGCUGGUGUCGUGUUUCAUUGAAACUUUCAGUUAAAAUGACAAUGACAAGGAAAAGCCAGCUCUCAUUUUACAUGGAUUUGGUUGUGUGAUUGUUCAGUGUGUGCAUGUGUGCGUGUGUAUGUGUGUGUGUGUGUGUGUGUGUGUUUUGCAUGUGAUAUUUGCUUAGGAGAGUUUCUGCUGUGACUGAAACUAAAGAUGGAUCCAUGAUAUGGCUCCAGGUAACAACCUUAUCUUCUUCCUCACAGUUUCACUGUUUGGAGACAUAGAAGAGACUGUUUCAGUCAGCACACAAAGUCCGACUAUUUUUGUGUCCGCAUGUGUGAGUUUAUUUUAUAUUUUUGUAAUUAAAUGUAUUUGUAAUGUAUUUUACACUUAAAACGUGUGUCUGUGUUUCAAAUAGACGUUUUUGUGUCUUAGUUUCAAACAUUUUUGUACAUUUUAUAUUUAUCAUAAGCAACAGCCUGGAUGGUCCUCUGUACAUCAAACAAAGAGCCAAAGGACCUGUUUAGUGUGUGUGUGUGUGUGUAUGUGUGUAUGUGUUGGGUGAAAUGACACCCUCGGGGAACAUGACUACAGCUGUUGCAGGAUGUUUGUUUCCAGAUCAUCAGGAUCAGGUCAGUUGAACUGAAAGGAGGUUUAUGUGAAUAAAUGAAAUAUUUCAUCUAUUGUAAAAUAAAAAUGUAUCUUAAUGUUUCUUGUUUUUCUACUUUGGUGUCACUCAAACACUGUUACAAGAGCUGAAUCAUGAAAUAAAAUGCUUUGUUAAAUGUUUUAUUGUACUGUAGUGCUUGAAUUUCAGAUGUGCUGAAGAUUUCAAUAAAAGUCUUAUUUAAGA